GAGGUAAUAUGGAUGGUUUUAUAUCUAUGAUAUGAUAAAUCUUAUUGUCCAUGACAUCAACAACGCCUCCCACUUCUCCAGGGUCAUUGACCCUUCCUUUUCGAGAGGUUACAGACUUGGCUGGGUCGACGCGAAAGCGGUCGCAUGGUGAAAUGGCUAGACCCGAGGAGCAAGUGGAGUACAAACCCACAGAUGGUCCGGCGGAUGGGUCUAGAAGAGACUUGCAAGACAGCUUGUCAGUAGAUGGGAAUGGUGAUCCUCUGACAGACCCUGGGUCAGUUGCUGAAGAAAAGCCUAGCGAUCCAAUCGGGUCUCAUGACUGGGAAGAACUUGAAAAGAGAUAUCACGAGGAGAUCAAGAAGUGGGAGGGCAAAGAGCAUGAGAUACACAUACAAUUCAACCAACUCAUGACUGUUUUCGCAGAAUGGGCGCAGACAGUCUCGGUACAUGACAAUGACCGUUCUUAUAAACGACUAAAGACGCGUGUUGGAUAUGUUCAGCGGGCUGAACGGAGUCUGGAAGAGAAGAGACAGCAUUACAUCAAGGUUGUCAAGGCUUUCGAAAACGCACUUGCCUUACUCAGUGGCAUUUAGACAGACUUUAUAUUUGCUUUAAAUACCCAUGUACUGCCUUUCUGCAUACCAUAUCUAUUUCACGCUUCAGGAUCACUUUCAAUAAUAUAUGCUCGACGACAGUAUGCGCCUGUUUUACGUACUGACUACACUGAAAUCCCCAAACGUCGAGAUCUUUCCAGUUGAUUCAUCGUAUCAGCUAUUCUUCCAACAGAUUGCCACAGUAGCAGUGAAUGGUAGCGCGAGAAAACCCCAGGUGCUCAUAUAGUGAGCUGGCUGAAACAAGCGGAACGCGUAAUCAAACAUAAUGAUACUAUUGAGAUGUCAAGUAGCCGUG